AUCGUUGUUCAAACUUGUGGUUUAUCUCGCUAGACAUACUAUACGGCACUGUCACAGAACAGAACCGCGUCGUGUCUUAGUCUGCUUCGUCUCUUCAUACAUAUUUGGCUGGGACUUUCAAGAACUGUUGUGUGAUCGAACUUGAUUUAGAAUCAAUCUAUUCAUUGUCGUUUUGUACACCUAUUGAUUGGUCUUAUUGAUUCUUUGUAGGCCACGAUAGCUUCUUUUAUUUGAUUUAACUACUAAUAUUGAAUUGAUUUUGUUCUUGAAUUGAGCCUAUUGGUAUAAAUAUUGUCGUCUACCAUUUCACACUAUUGAGUAUCAUUAUCACAAAAGAUUACAUUCUUCAACUUCAUAUCAACUCCUUAAUCUUCAACUCAUAGUCAACUUCAUCUUUGCAACUUCAUUUAAGUAAAUUUCAUAAAGUUAACCUUACUUUUAUUAAUUUGCCCUAACUUCAACUACUUUCCUUCUUUCACGUACAAUAUCAUUAUACAUAUUUCACUAUGGAUAUCAUCAAAGUGUUAGAAACCGCGUUGUUGGACCGCGACCCCAACAAGAGAACUGAAGCUGAAUUGCAGUUGAACCAAGCUGCAAACCACCACUUCGGCGAAUACGUUACAUUGUUGAUCAACGCCAUGUCCAACACUGAGGCCAAAACAGAGCCCAGAAUGUUGGCAGGAAUCGCGUUGAAAAACCUGUUGACCGCCAAAGACCACAAAACAAAGUUAAGCUUUCACGCUCGUUGGAUCGAAUUGGACUUCCAGACCAAGUCAUCCGUAAAAACUGUUGCUUUGGAAACUCUCAAGACUGCUGAUGAUAGAGUCGCCAGCUCGGCUGCCCAGUUGGUAGCAGCCAUUGCAGAUAUCGAGUUGCCCCGUAACGAAUGGCCCGAGUUGAUUACGAUCAUUAUGGAAAACACCAAACCUGAAAACCCAGAACAUGUCAAAAAAGCAUCUCUCUUGGCUAUUGGCUAUAUCUGUGAAAGUGCCGAUCCAAACAAUCCAGCUAUCAUAUCUCAGGCCAGUGGCAUCUUGAUUGCUAUCGUACAAGGAUGUCAGAGCAGUGAGCCUUCGAAUGUCGUCAGAUUGACUGCGUUGAAUGCUUUGGUCAACUCGUUGGAGUUCAUCAAAUUCAACUUUGAAAAGGAGGGGGAAAGAAACUACAUCAUGCAAGUAGUUUGUGAAGCCACUCAAGCUGAUGAUAGUGAUCUUCAAGCCAGUGCCUUUGGUUGUCUCGCUAAGAUCAUGUCCCUCUACUACAGGCACAUGUCACUCUAUAUGGAAAAGGCAUUGUAUGGCUUGACUGUCUCAGGCAUGCAAAGCUCGGAUGAAAAAGUUGCUUGUAUGGCUGUAGAAUUCUGGUCCACAGUCUGUGAAGAAGAGUUGGAAAUUUCUCUUCAGAGACAAGAAUUGGGCUUGGAUGCUGUUGAGGUGCCUGAUUCAGCUGAUUUGAUCACUUAUAACUUUGCAUUGGUUGCUAUCCAAGAUGUCUUGCCUACUUUGUUGACUUUGCUUACAAGGCAGAACGAAGACCCUGAAGAUGACGACUGGUCUGUAGCCAUGGCCGCUGGUGCUUGUUUGCAGUUGUUCUCACAGAAUAUUGGAAACUACAUUGUGGAACCAACUCUUCAAUUUGUUGGUGCCAAUAUCAGUAGCCAAGAUUGGAGAGCUAAAGAAGCUGCUGUUAUGGCUUUUGGCUCUAUCUUGGAUGGGCCAGAUCACGACCAGUUGAAGAGCAUCAUCGACCAAGCCUUGCCUCCAAUUCUUGCUUUGAUUGGAGACGAGUCAUUGCAAGUAAAGGAAACUGUAGCCUGGUGUUUGGGUAGAAUAGCCGACUUGAUUGUAGACGCGAUUGAACUCUCCAAGUUGCAGAACUUACUAGAAGCUUUGGUAAUAGGUUUGAAAGACCAUCCAAUGGUGUCUACCAACUGUUGUUGGACCUUGAUGAACUUGUUGGAACAAUUGUGUGCUGAUGCUCCGUACAACGAAUCCAGCGUGAUGUCCAAUUACUAUCCUACUAUCAUCGGCAUUUUACUUGAGUUGUCUAACAAGGAAGAUAACGACUUCAGUUCAAGAGCUUCUUCUUAUGAGGCCCUUUCUACGUUCGUGACUUAUAGCGCCAUUGACACGAUGCCUGUUGUUCAAGGCAUUGCAACAGAAGUAUUGUCCAGAUUGGACAAGACGAUCCAGUUGCAGUCGCAGGUGGCCAACAGUGAGGACAAGGGUAAUUUGGAGGAAUUGCAGAUCAAUAUUUUGUCAUUGUUGACUAACAUUAUCAGAAGAAUUGGCUCCGAUAUUGCCGCUGACGCCGACAGUUUGGUUACUUUGUUUUUGAAGUUGUUGGAAGCCCAAGCUCCAAACUCUUUGAUUGAAGAAGAUAUCUUCAUUGCCAUCUCUUCUGUUGCCGGUGCCAUUGGUCAGGGUUUUAUCAAGUAUAUGGAUGUGUUCUUCCCAUACCUAGUCAAGGCUUUAGAAAAUACGGAAUCGCCUACUUGUUCUACUGCAAUUGGUCUUGUAGCUGAUUUGUCACAAUCUUUGGGUUUGCAAAUCCUACCAUACUUGGAAAAGUUGAUGAACAUCUUCUUAAUCAUCUUGAACGACGGUGAAGUGAAGCGCGAAUUGAGGCCAGCCAUCAUUUCAUGUUUUGGUGAUAUCGCAACUUCCAUUGGUGAUUCUUUCCAGUUGUAUCUUGAGUUUGUCAUGGGUAUUUGUAGCCAGGCAUCACAAGUGAAAGUUGACGACUCUUCUAUGGAAUCGAUUGACUACGCUUUGAAUGUGAAAGAAUCAGUAUUGGACUGCUACGUUGGUGUUGUUGGUGGUAUGGCCGAGCAACCUCAAGUAAUUUAUCCUUACUUUGGAGCUAUCUUCCAGUUCAUUGAGGGAGUCGCUAUGGACAUCAACAUGUCUUCUACUGAUUCUAUUGCCAGAUUAGCAACCGGAUUGUUGGGAGACCUUGCUGCUAUGUAUCCUAACGGUGAUUUCAAGCAAGCAUACCAACAAGAAUGGGUCACGGAGUUCAUCAAGAAAACCAGAUCCAACCCAGUCUUUGAAGAAAAGACCAAGGACGCUGCUAGAUGGGCCAGAGAUCAACAAAAGAGACAGUUGGCAGGCUUUUAAGUUGACAGUUGAAGCCUACUGGUUGACAUCUUCGCUUCAAGUUCAUGCAGCCAUCUUUGGCCCUCAUUAUUUAUCACAAUCUUCAUCAUCUCUCAUCUCUCAUCUCUCAUCUCUCAUCUCUCAUACUUUCAUGUCUCAUCAUUUCUCUGUUCUCUCAUCUCUAAUCUCAUAUUUGAUGGUCUCUUGCCAGCUCGUCAUUUCUCGUCAUCUCUAGUUCCUCUCAUAUCUCUUAUUCAUCUGUUAUAAAUUCUAUUUGUCUACUUCGUUUGAUUUUCGUUUAGUUUUGCUUUCCCUCGUCAUCUCUUAUACAUACUCUAUAUACGUUUACUUCACAAAACUCUCUAACCAUGGAUUCAAUCCAUCGUUAUUGGAUUUGUUAUUUAUCACGUCUCUCAUGUCCUCUAAUGCCUCCUCAUAUAGCCACUAAUUCUAAUAUUGCAAUUAAUAUACGUAUUCAAGC